AUGUUAGUCACACCCCAAGCAGUUGAGGAAGGUUCAAGAGAUAGUACAUGGAAAUAUUUUCAAGGUUGCCUAGGUGCACUUGAUGGCACAUACAUCCAGUUACAAGUCCCAGCAGUAGAUAAACCUAGAUAUCGGUCAAGAAAAGGGUCUGCGUAUGUAUUAACCGGAUGGGAAGGGUCUGCGGCUGAUGGGCGAGUGUUGAAAGAUGCAAUUGGUAGAGAGAAUGGUUUAAAAGUCCCAACGGGUUCUUAUUAUUUGUGUGAUGGUGGUUACACAAAUUGUGAAGGAUUUAUAGCCUCGUAUCGUGGAUUUAGAUACCAUCUUCGAGAAUGGGUGGCCGGUCGAAGAGUACCUCAAAAUUACAAAGAGUAUUUCAACAUGAAACAUGCUAAGGGGAGGAAUGUUAUUGAGCGCGUGUUUGGACAACUAAAAAGCCGAUGGGCCAUUUUAUGCAGCAAUUCCUUUUAUCCAGUUGAGACCCAAAACAUGAUAAUCAUGGCUUGCACGUACUUCCAUAAUUUUAUCAAGGAGAACAUGGAGUAUGAUCCUGUGUUUGGCGACGAAGAAUACAUCGUUCAACUUGAGCAAAUAACGUUAGCUAAUGACGGUGGACAUGAAGUAUAUAUUGAAGCUGUUGAAGCGUCACAAGCUUGGAGUGCUUUUAGGGAACAACUUGCUCAACAAAUGUGGCUAGAAUGCUAG